GUGGGACAGUCAACACAUUUGCUCUGACAUUCUUUCUAUGAAGCAGUGCAGUGACAACUGAAGUUGCUUUCAAGAAAUCAUCUCAAAGCUUGUCUGACAGUAUCCAGUACCUUAACUUUUCCUAGCACGGGAGAAAAUCACCUUGAAUUUCUUAGUUUUCCAAGUUGGUGACAAUGGCAACUUAUUUUGGAGUCACCUCAGCAGUGUUUUUCAUCUGGGUUAUGACAUUCAUGGCUCAAAAUUACUUUAUAACAGGUUCCAUUCUUUCACCUUGCAGGAUCACAGGUGUAGGAAUUUACCUUGAGGAGAAAGUGAAUUUCUCAGAAGCAAGUAAUGCAUGUAAUCAACUGAAUCUACAGUUGGCAAGUAAAGACCAAGUUGAAAAGGCUUUGAAACAUGGCUUUGAAACAUGCAGCUAUGGAUGGGUGAAAGAUGGAUUCGUGGUCAUUCCUCGGAUAACAUCCAACAAUAAAUGUGGUAAAGGCAACGUUGGACUAGUGCUAUGGUAUGCCGAACUCUUUAAAACAUUUAAGGUUUACUGCUUCAAUUCCUCAGAUGUUCAGAUUAAUUCAUGUAAACCAGAUCCAACAACAACAAUACUACCUUCAAGUACACCAACUGACUUGACUGCAUAUUCAGGUUCUGUUUUGACUGAGAACAUCACAGCAGUGCCCAAUCUGAUUGAGUCAGAAAAAUCCCUGAAAAAUAUAAGAUUUCGUGUAAUAUGUAUAACUGAAACUAUAUUACCGACAGAGGGAACUACUACAAAAAUGCCAGAGGAAUACUCACCAACUGACUCUCCUAACUACAUUUCCCAUGCUGCCUUUAAGAAUGAUGCCAGUGUCUUUGGAGGUAUCCCCAUUGCACUUCUCGUACUGGCAGUCAUCUUCUUCAUUAUUUCAGUUGUUCUAGCAGUCUGCUAUAUCAAAAAGUAUAAGAAAACCUUCCCAUUUUCAAAUAAGAAUCAGCAAAAAGAAAUGGUUGAAACCACUGCUCUCAAAGAGGCUAAGUCAAAUGACAAAACACCUGAGAAGGAAACAAAGAAUAAUGGAAAAAAGGUAGAAGAGUCUAAAACCAAGCCUGAGGCCACGGUAAAAUGUCUAGAAGCAGAAGUUUAAGGGGAAGAAUGUACAUUUCUUGAUAGAAAUAUAAAAUAAAGCACACAGAACUUAGCAGUGCUUUUAAACAUGGGUGAUUGUAAAUACUCAUGAAUUAAUAUUUUCUCUAUCUUAACAUAUGAAAAUUUGUUUUUUUUAAUAAUUACAUUUUUAGCUAUAAAUACUCCUGCAGAAGAAUAUGGUAUCUUAUUUACUUGAAAUAAAUAAAAAAUCCAUAUUACAGCUCAUUUAUCAUCUCUAAUAAAAAAGUAUUGGGAAUAUGCUAUUAACAACAUGCAGUGUGUUAACUAUUUGCACAGAAUUCAGAUCAAUAUAUAAUGAAAAGAGUUUUCUUAUCUGGUUGGAGGAUGUCUGCUAACUUAAUGUCUAAAAUAAAAUGAUGAUACUGGA